AUGGCGUUUGACCACCAGUCGCGCACCGGAAUUAAUGGACAGAAAAGAUUGGGUUGCUCCAAAGGAAAUAGAAAAUCCCUACGUCGGACCCAGCUGCGGUUAUCAAAUCCACGCCUCGUUUUAAAUAUAGAUAUUAAGUAUACACUGAUAUAUGGUCUCCGAGGAUGGACAACAUCUUUAGAACACCGGCAUAUGACAUACAGUACACAUUGGGUCAGUGUGAAGCAAUCGUUCAAACUAUUCGGACACGCCGGCGAGUCUCUACAAAACGAAGCGACGUGCGCGCGUCACAACAGCCGAAUUUCAACUGAACUCUCGAAGUCGGCGCAUCCGGCGCUGAUUGGUCAUAGGCGUGCGCCCGCGCAGGAUUGA